CUCGUGCCGUGGAAGUGAACGCGUUCUGGCUGUCGGCGCUGAGCGCAUGAAGCUACUUUAAAUAUGUAACCGUUUCACUCACCGCUGUAUUUCUGUGAGCGCUGCGUCCCGUUGGACCGAGGGUCACUCUGGCCGACACAGGGCCUCAAGGGGAGACGAAGGCGGAGGGAAGAGCGGUCCAGACCAGAAGAGACAGAGGGGCUGACCGGAGCAGGCAAAGGGAGGGAAGGAAGAGCGACAUUUGGGAAAGGAAAGGAAGAGAGGGCCACCCGCCUGGCACAGGGAAGUGGAGUAGCUGCAUCCAGGGGAACACGAGUGGGGAGGUCGACUCGGAACAGCGUUGCCGGACGUUGCGAGAAGUCAAAGAGCAAUAUGCGAGCCCCGUGGCUGUACGUAUCUGUCACGAUACUGCUAGGAUUCCUUCUGGAGCCAGUGGGGGCUGCCAAGGGACAGCGGAGGGGACGACGUCCACCAAAACAGCAGCCAAUUGACAAGAUUCCCGCUGUGCAAAAUCUUAACCUGGAGCAGUUAAACGGCAAGUGGUUCUUGAUCAGUGUUGCAUCAAAGUGUCAGUACCUCCAAGAAAACAACUUCCGAGUUGAAAGUACCACGAUGACGCUGAGUUCCCCCUCCUCUCGUACCUCUCCUCUUCUCGUGGACACUCUGAGGAAGCUGAACCAGCAGUGCUUGAACAUCAGACAGGAAUACCAGCAGACUGGUAGCAGCGGCCGCUUCGUGCUGAAAGGCCACUCAACCGAUAUAAACAUUGUGGUUGCAGAGACAGACUACAACUCCUACGCCAUCCUGUACUAUCAGAAACAAGACCAGAUCACCAUGAAGCUUUACGGGAGGUCCACGCAGUUGCCUGACAGUAUCAUGGACAAGUUUGAACAACUUGCUGAAAAACAGAAUAUAAAAAUUGACAAUGUUUAUCCUUUUCCCAAAUAUGGGUUCUGCAUGACGGCAGACAAACAGCUGCAACUCGGCCUAUAACAAGGUGCCUUGCAGGAGAAGAAUUGUUACUGCAUCUGUGUGCACAUCAAACACUAAAUUUAUAUACAUGUGUUAAUUUGUUUGAAUCACUAACAGUGGUUUAGGGCACAGUAAGUAUGAAGAGGAGCACUCAACCAUACAAUAACAGUGCUGCUCCCCAUGCACAACAUUGGGGGGGGGGGGGGAGAGUCAUGACUAGAAGACUGCUGCUCCAAGUCAAGACAAUGAUAUAUUUGUUUGCAAGGUACUUUACUGCAUUUAUUGUGUAAUGUAUCCAGCUUAAUAAAUUACUAAAAAUAUCCAAAUGAGUCCCUUACAAAUUAAAUGAACCAGUGGCCAUAGCAAGCAUUCUAACCAAAUGGCUCAUGCCUUUCCGUUGUGUAAGUUAUCCA